AGCGCAACCGCUCGUAAGCAACAGCGACGCCAACAUGCCUCGCGGACCCAAGAAGCACCUCAAGAGGCUCAAUGCCCCCAAGCACUGGAUGCUUGACAAGCUGGGCGGCGUCUUCGCCCCCAAGCCCUCCGCCGGUCCCCACAAGACCCGCGAGUGCCUUCCCCUGUGCCUCAUCCUGCGCAACCGCCUGAAGUACGCGCUCACCUACAAGGAGGUGACCACCAUCCUCAUGCAGCGCCUCGUCAAGGUUGACGGCAAGACUCGUGUCGAUAAGUGCUACCCCGCCGGCUUCAUGGACGUCGUUUCCAUCGACAAGACCGACGAGCACUUCCGCCUCAUCUAUGACGCGAAGGGCCGCUUCGUCGUGCACAGGAUCUCCUCCACCGAGGCCCAGUACAAGCUGUGCAAGGUCAAGACCAAGCGCCUCGGAGACAAGGGUGUCCCCUGCGUCAACCUCCACGACGGCCGCACCAUCCGCUACCCCGACCCCGUGAUCAACGAGUCGGAUACCGUCAUGGUGGACAUUGCCACCAACAAGAUCACCGACCACAUCAAGUACGACGCGGGCGCGCUCGUGAUGAUCACCGGUGGCCGUAACCGCGGUCGCGUCGGUGUCAUCCAGAGGCGCGAGAAGCACAAGGGUUCCGUCGAGGUUGUCCACGUCAAGGAUGCGGGCGGCCACGAGUUCGCCACCAGGAGCUCCAACACCUUCGUCAUCGGGGAGGGCAACAAGCCCAUGAUCUCGCUGCCCAAGGGUAAGGGUCUCCGCCUUACCAUCGUGGAGGAGCUCGAGAGGCGCAAGGAGGCCUAAUCCUCCGGCGAUGGACAUAUGGUUUUAGGGAGGGCCGGCGCGCCCUCUCCGCGACCGUCUGCGCGGGUGUUGCUUUCAAACGAAAAUUUUGGUGUCUAAACGGUGUAAUACAGAUGGAGCCGCGAAGGGCGGACUCUCUUCGUU